CCACACACCCCCCCCCCCCCCCGCUCCAGACCAGCUAUGAACAAGCAGUCCAAUAAGGAGACUCUGAAGGAUAAGGUGAAGGGGAUGUUAGGGCUGGGAAACCCUCGUCCCCUCCCCAAACAGGCAGAGAACAGGCCUUCUGAGUUCAUCAUCACACAAGAUAUUCUGAAGGACCUACAGGCGGACUGUGGCCUUAACAACAGGAUCCGGGUUGCCAACCAUGUCGGUGAACUGGCCAAGGCCAAGAAGUUUGAGGAGCAUGCAGUGGAGGCGGUAUGGAGUGCGGUGGAGGACAUGCUCGGUCCAGAAAUGCCAGUUGAAGCCAGACACACUGUCCUGCUGCUCCUCAGAGCCAUCAUUCAGGGACAGGGUGAGCGUCUGGGCCCUCUCCGGGCCUACUUCUUCAAGGUGAUCCAGGACUACCAGCCGUCCAACGAGGACCUGACGGACAGACUGGAGGUGUUCAAGGCCCUGACGGAGAACGGGAAGGACAUCAACUACCUGGAGGAGGACAUAGCUCGUUUUGUCCUGCUGUGGAUGGACAUUGGUCUGACAGCGGACUUCCUCCAUGUUCUGGUCAACCUGGUCAAGUUUAACAGCUGCUACCUUGACCAGAACAUCUCCAUCAUUGUCCAGAAGAUCUGUCUGCUGUGCAACCGGACAACAGCUUCUACUGACAUUGAGGUGGCUGUGCAGGUCCUGGAUGCGGUGGUGUGUUAUAACUGUCUGCCUUCAGACUCCCUUACCAUCUUCAUCAUCACCCUCUGUCGAACGGUCAACGUCAAGGAGUUCUGUGAGUCCUGCUGGAAGUUGAUGAGGAAGGUGUUGGGGACCCACCUGGGUCACAGUGCCAUAUACACCAUGUGCCGAAUCAUGGAAGAGAGGGUCUAUAUGGAGGACGCUCCGUUGCUGAGAGGGGCAGUGUUCUUCGUAGGGAUGGCUCUCUGGGGGGCGCACCGACUUCCCGCCCUAAAAAACACCCCCACUCUUGUCCUACCCUCCUUCUACAAGGCGAUGUCGUGUGCUAACGAGGUGGUGUCGUACGAGAUCGUCCUCUCCAUCACCAGGCUCAUAAAGAAGUAUGGGAAGGAGCUGCAGGUGGUGACCUGGGACAUCCUGCUGGCCAUCAUCGAGAGGCUGCUGCAGCAGAUACAGACGAUAGGAGGUGCAGAGCUGAAGUCCAUCGUGUACGAGCUGUUGACCACGGUGGAUGAGCUGUACGAGCAGCGAGGUUUCCACGGCUCGUCCGACAAGUUCUUCAGUCUGGUGGAGAAGUGUGCCGAUAAAAGGCCCGACGCGUCUGUGUUGACUUUGAUAUCGUACCGGGCCCAGUCCAUCCAGCCGGCUAAAGACGAUUGGAUUCCGGCCUUACAGCGCCUUAUGGAGAAGUUCUUCAGGCAUGAGAGCCGUAGCGUCAUCAGGAUCAAAGUGCUUAACAUUCUGUCCUUCGUCCUCAGCACCAACGGGCAGCUUUACGAGGAGGAGCUGAUUGAGAUGGUGGUGAUCCCUCAGCUGAGUGGCAUCGCGGAGGACCGGGAUCUGGCUGUACGCAAACAGGCCACCCAGCUGUUAGUGGACCUGGCCGAGGGCUGCAGCUCACACCACUUUACCAGCCUAUUGGACAUCAUAGAGAGGGUGGCGAGUCGUUCCCUAGCAUGCCCCGGACCCCUGGAGGUGUCUGAUCCGUCUUCAGAACCAGCCAUGGAGGAUGUCCGCACCGCCAUUUUGGGACUGCUUGAGAUACUGAAGAGUAAGCUGUACAGCCUGCCGUCCAGCCACGCUAGUCGAGUGUACGAGCUGCUGAUCAGCCACAUGCAGCUGCACUACAUGAACCGAUACAGCUCCCCUGUGGCCGGCCGGAUACGAUUAGAGGUGCUUGAGUUUCUUCUGAUGAUCCGUGCUGACUCUCUCCAUCGUCUGGGAGUUCUCAAUAAAGACAAGGUUCUAAGGUUCAGCCCUUACUGCUACUGUGACAUGGGGGAGCCAGAGAAGAAGACAACAGGAUCAGUGUCUCCCCCAGCUGUCAGUCCGGCCACCCCCACCUCUUCUCCAUCCAUCCCUCCAUCUUCCUCCUCGUCCUCCUCCUUCCGGACAGCCUGCCUGCCCUACUCCCCUGCCUUCCAUGUUCUCCUGCUGUGCCUGAAGAUGGAGACUGACUGGAAGGUGUUGAAGCUGGUUCUGGAGAAGUUGCCGUGGACCCUGCAGUAUAAAGUCCUCCUGCUCUCCUCACCCUGCAGUAUCGACCAGCUCUGCUCUACUCUCUGUUCUAUGGUAUCAGAGCGUUUAAAGAAAACACCAGAGGGUUUCAGUCGUACUGAUGUCCAGUUGGCAGUGGUACCUGUCCUCACGGCCAUCACCUCCUACCACAACUACCUGGAGCAGGCCCGCCAGAGGGAGUUGGUUCAGUGCCUGGAGAUGGGGCUGAUAUAUCGCUGCGCCAAGCAGUGUGUGGUUGCCUUGACGAUGUGCACCGUGGAGAUGCCUGACAUCAUGAUUAAACUCCUCCCCUCCCUCAUCGUCAAGCUGACGCACAUCUCGGCGACUGUCGCCAUGGCGUCGCCCAUGCUGGAGUUCCUGUCCACUCUAGUUCGGCUGCCUCAUCUGUACGCCAACUUCGUAGCGGAGCAGUAUGUCAGUGUGUUUGCCAUCUCCUUACCGUACACCAACCCCUCCAAGUUUAAUCAGUACAUUGUGUCUUUGGCUCACCACGUCAUCGCCAUGUGGUUCAUACGUUGCCGCCUGCCCUUCAGGAAGGACUUUGUUCAGUACAUCACUAAGGGUCUGCGUUCCAACGCCCUGAUGCCUUUUGACGACACUCACGAGGCCCAGAGCAGCUUCCGCGCUCGAAGCACCAGUCUGAACGAGAGGCCCAAAAGUCUGCGGGCUGCCAAAAUGGCGAGGGCACACCACCACCUACACCAGCAGCAGGCGGCGACGGCGUCGGGCGUAGCGACCAGUUCCAGCUCUCCCGUUAAAGAGCUGUCGGCCAUGGACGCCUUCCGCUCCCGGAGCAUCAGCGUCUCUGAGCAUGCGGUGCGCAGAAUGCACACCUCCACCACCACAUCCAGUCUGGGAUCGGCAGAUGAGAACACUGUGACCCAGGCCGAUGAAGGGCUGAAGACGGUCCACCUGGAGCUCACAGAGACCUGCCUGGACAUGAUGGCCAGAUACGUCUUCUCCAACUUCUCUGCUCUCCCGAAGAGGUCUCCCAUAGCGGAAUUCCUGCUGGCGGGGGGUCGCAGUAUGACCUGGCUGGUCGGCAACAAGCUGAUCACCAUAACGACCAGCGGAGGGGUCAGGACCCAGGGGCUGCUGGGAGUGGACAUGGCAGAGAGACUGGGGGGAGGGGAGAUGACCAGGUCAGACCCGUCCCUCCACACCCGUCAGACCAAAGAGGCUCCGGCCAAGCUGGAGUCCCAGUCCAGCCAGCAGAUGACCAGAGCUACGCGCAUCAGAGCGCGCUCCAUGUCAGGGGGUCAUGCUCUUCGUUCGGGUGUGGCCCAAAGCCUCAGUCCCCUGGUGUCUCCCUCCGAGGGGGGAGAGCUGGGUGCCUCCCCCCCUUCCUCCUCCUAUGGGGGCUGUCUGGACAGCCUCGGACCCCCCUCGUCCUCUCCGUGCGCCACUCCGAAGGACCUCCUCAAAGACCGGCCCAGCCUGGCGGAGUUCCUCCCCAUGCUCACCCAGGGGUGGGCGGAGAUCUUCAUACGCCGACCGUCAGGUAACACCAGCUGGUUGAUGUGUCUGGAGAACCCCCCCAGCCCCUUCUCCUCCGAGCUGGGGAACAUGCCCCUGCAGGAGCUGUCCCUGGUCCUCAUGGCCAUGGAGGGCCUGAAGGAGGCCCCCGCCCAGACGACCAGCGCCCCGGCCAGCACGGCCUCCCCGGCUCCCCUGAACCCCUCGGAGCCGGUCCAGGGAGGCAAGCCGGGACUCCAUCCGCGCCACAACACUGUGGACUCUCUUUCCUCUAUGGGUUUGUCCGUCGUCCCGCCCCCAGCCCUGCCCCCAGCCCCAGGACGGCUCCAACGGAGCAUUUCCUGGGCAGAAUCUGUGGUUGUGCUGGAGGAGGGUUCCGUAGGUCAAAUAGAGUCGCCUUCUGAUUGGACGGAGAGCGAGGGGUUUGAGGCCAUGCCUUCGGAUCCCAUCUACAUCACCGCUGAUUUCUGCAAGGACGUGCCCUCGAGAACCCUCAGCAGGUCGUCCUCGAGCUCCAGCCAGGAUGAUGAGAAGUCCACCCUGGAGGAGGUGAGUGAAGGGGCCAUCCCCAUCGACCAGCCCGUCCUGGCCCCCUCCACGCCAGGCAGCCAGGGCCCUGAGCUCCCCUUCCAGUCCCAAACGCAGCCCGGGACCCAGACCCUGAACAAGUCCAGCUCCUCUCCCGAACUCCAGACCCUGCCGGAGGCCUUCCACAAGGCCACCGCGGGAGCUGCGGCCAGCGCGGCGGACGUACCCGUCAGGACGCCGUGGGAGGGGGAGCUCCCGGCCGACAAAGACAAGGUGGAAGGGGGAGGAGGCGAGGUGAACGGGCAGAGUCAGAUCGGGGAGUUCAACCCGGCGCCCGGGUCAGGAAGCGGAUGCGGUUCGACCGUGCCCCAGGGAGCUAGGAUGAGGCUAGAGUUCCCGGCACCCCAGCAGCCCGGCCCUGUCUCCCCCAAUGGGGGGCACCGUCCGCGGGGUCACACCAUCUCGGUGUCAGCCCCCUCCUCCAGGAGGGAGAGGAGGUCUGGGGGGGACGCGUACCAAACCACCCGCCCGGCGCCCAGCAACGCGGAGAAGACGGGCGGGCUCAGCCCCAGUUUUGUGUUCCUCCAGCUCUACCACUCUCCCUUCUUCGGCAACGAGGCCAACAAGCCCCUCCUGUUGCCCAAAUCUCAGCUGAUAGACCGAGCGGUGAAGGUUUUGGAUCAGAUGCCUCCGUACGACACGCAUAAGAUCGGAGUGGUGUUUGUAGGAGCUGGACAGGUAUCCAAUGAGGUGUCCAUCCUGUCUAAUGAGUAUGGCUCCAACCGUUACGCUGGCUUCCUGACUGGCCUGGGCAAGCUCAUACACCUCAAGGACUGUGACCCUGACCAGAUUUUCCUGGGCGGUUUGGACCAGUACGGGGAUGAUGGGGAGUUUACCUACUGUUGGCAUGAUGACAUCAUGCAGGCCAUCUUCCACAUUGCCACCCUGAUGCCAAACAAAGACAGUGACAAGGGCUGCUGCAACAAGAAGAGACACAUCGGAAACGACUUUGUCAUGGUGGUCUACAAUGACUCCGGAGAGGAGUACAAACUGGGGACCAUCAAGGGUCAGUUUAAUUUCGUGGAGGUCGUCAUAAAGCCUCUGGACUACGAGAGCAACCUGGUCACUCUGCAGUGCAGGAAAGAUCUGGAGGGUCUCGUUGACACCAGUGUGAUGAAAAUCGUCUCAGACCGCAACCUUCCACUGCUGGUGAGGCAGAUGGCGCUACACGCUAAUAUGGCCUCUCUUGUCCACCAGUAUGGAGCCAAUCCCUCUGACGCCUACGCUUCCAAGUGGCUGGCCAGACUACGGCACAUAAAGAGGCUCAGGACACGGGCCCAGGAGGAGAUCCAGUCUCGACCCACGCCCGGUAUUUCCCUGACUCAGGGCCACUCCUCCCAGAAACCGCAGUCCUCCUACCAGCAGGGCGGCGCUAGCGGGGUGGACUCUUCCGGGCAGCGCAAGAGGCUGGUCUCCACCGUGGACGACUUCACUGACUUCGUGUGACGGGGCGGGUCGAGGGG